GACGCAGGGUUUGCAUCACUUCCUUGUUCGGUUACCAGGUAGUCUGUCUCUCGCUACCAUGUCCUGUAUAUGCCUUUAAAGUCCCAAAACUACCCGAACAUGGCGUGUGUGGACUCAGAGGUGGACUUGUGGACCGUUCCUCUGGUGGCUCUGAACGUGACGGUGAGGAAGAAGCUGGGUCUGUAUCUGAACCCGAAGAACACGGUGGCUGCAGACUGGACGGCGGUAGCGGAGGCCAUGGGCUUCUCUUACUUGGAGAUAAAGAACUAUGAGGCGGCCAGGAGCCCUGCUCAGGCGGUCCUGGAGAACUGGCAGGCCCGGUGCUCAGGGGCCACGGUGGGAAAGCUGCUGUCUGUCCUGACCGAGGUGGAGAGGACGGACGUGGUGGAAGACCUGAGACCCUUGAUAGAUGAGGAUGUGAGGAAGUAUUGUGAGAGCCUGAAGAAGCUGGCUGAGCCCCCCCUCCAGGUCCCAGAGGUGGACAGCUGUGUCCCCCGCACCCCCGAGAGGAUUGGCAUCACCCUGGAGGACGACCCUGAAGGUGCUCCUGAGAAGUUCGACGCCUUCAUCUGCUACUGCCAGAGCGACUUUGUGUUUGUGCACGAGAUGAUCCGCGAGCUGGAGCAGACGGAAUACGGGCUGAAGCUGUGUGUGUUCGACAGAGACGUCCUACCGGGGUCCUGCGUGUGGACCAUCACCAGCGAACUCAUCGAGAAGAGGUGUAAGAGGAUGGUGGUGGUGAUCUCGGACGAGUACCUGGACAGUGACGCCUGUGACUUCCAGACCAAGUUUGCUCUCAGCCUUUGCCCUGGAGCCCGAGGUAAACGUCUCAUCCCAGUGAAGUACAAGUCAAUGUCGAGGCCAUUUCCCAGCAUCCUGCGCUUCCUCACCAUAUGCGACUACACCCGGCCGCUCACACAGGACUGGUUCUGGAAACGACUCGCCAAAGCUCUCUCACAGCCAGUCAGUAGUUAAAGGUGCCUUUUUUAUUAUUAAACAUCGCAUUAGUAAAGUACGUGGAAUUGCUUGUGUCACUUUUAAUGUACUGGGUCUAUUUGUGUUUCCUAUGAGGAUGAUUAUUAUGAAAGUCAAACUGCACAGGGAGACCAAAUAUCAGCUAAGUUCUCACCACACACAGAUCAAGAAUAUCAAGUAGCUGCUGCUGUUUUGUAUUUAUGUGAGGUACAAUGAGAGGAGGAUGUGUUUGUAUUCAGAACAGCAUGUAUCUAAUACUCCGUAAAAGCUGUGUUUUUUGCUCUUGCCACUUCCUGUACGAGACAGCUUCUAGAUGAGAUUGCAUCUGAAGAGAUAGAGAUUGUUCCACUAAAGUCUACUGACUGUUCACACCUUCCUUUCUCUCUCACAUUCUGUAUCUGUCAUCACAAUGUUUUCAGAAUUUGAUUUUGUACUUUUUCUAUGCGAAAAUUGAAUUUAUUUUACAUGGAAAUUACAUUUUAUGAGCAUUAUUUCCUUAAAUAAAUAUAUCACAUUUGUAAAA